UUUCGCUCUUCCGCGCAUGCUCAUUGGUCUGAAGUUGCCCGUUGUGUGCACGGAGUUCUGUUUUGUGUCGUGCGUUUGUGCUGUUUCUACCAACCAGUGUUGGAGAAAACAAGUCUGGAAUUUAUUCAGCGCUCGAAGAAAUGAGGCCUCUCAAUCGGGACUUCUCUUUGUCACUGGAAACUCUAAAAUGCCGGGACAAAUGUAGUAUGUGACGUGAAUUUGUGAUGCGGUGGUUGCCAUGUUAGUGUCACCUGCAGUGCUGCGGUUGAGGCCGCAUCAGACAAGGAUUGUUUUCCGAUGUAUAUCCACGUUGUUUUGACUAUGGAGAGUUAAGACACUGUUUCGUUACUGUUGCCAAAGUAUGUCUUGCUGCGGCGCAAGGAUCCUUGUCUUGGCGAUUUGCAUCAUUCAGCUGAUCGCUACAUUCCAACGCCAAGUCUUCGACUUCCUGGGGUACAUGUGGGCGCCGAUCCUGGCGAACUUUUUCCAGAUCAUAUUCGUCAUCUUCGGUUUCUUCGGAACGUACCACUACCGGCCAAGAUAUGUUGUUGCCUACAUCAUCUGGACUCUCUUGUGGAUUGGAUGGAACCUUUUUGUCAUCUGCAUUUACAUGGAAAUCGGCGCCCUGAACAGGGACUCCAGCAUUCUGAAUAUGGGCACUGGAAGCCGGAGUUGGUGGGAGGCAAAUGGCUUUGGUUGUGUGGCCAUCUUCAACUACAGCUCUUCCGAUGACAUCUUGGCUGUCACCAGGCCUGUAUCGGUGACGGGGUGCCUACUUGCAUACUACCAUGUUGAGUGCAUUCAAGCUGGUGUGCAGUGCCUGCUAGCGUUUGUGGGAUUUGUUGGAGGCUGCUACCUGAUCUACCUUUAUACUCAGGAAGAUGACUCAUUUGCACCCAGAAGAAGAAACAGCAAAAGAAAACCACUGAACAGCCUGCCUUAUAGCAUCGAGUUCCGUACCGACCCUCCUGCCACAGAUGGUGGCGGUCCCUCCAUGGGCUCUGGAUUGGGCCGCGCACCCAUGACCCCCCGCCGAGUGAAGCGACGAUCAACACGGUCCAAGCGGUCGACCGGCCAGGCACAGUACCAGAAUCCUGUGACACGUCUGCUCGACCGGUCGCUAGACACGUCAAGCAAUGACAGCUAUGCCCACUUUGGCGGUCAGUGCAACCCAGUUUACCUGGGGUCCCGCACCAGCCUCCACUCGCUGUAUGGAAAGGCCAACCCCAACCUCAGCGGGCCUCUUCGAACAACCCACCAGCAUGAUGCAGCCACGGGGCUGCCUUCUACAAGGCACUCUACAAGGGGGCGCCACCAGCCCUACGUGGACAGCUCUGAGACAAUGAUAUGAGUUUUGAACAGUAUGUGCACAUUGUACGAGCAAAGAAGUGUAUGCAUGUAGAGCUGUGCUCUCUACUGAGAGCCUAACUUGGUUCCUUUCUGCUCGGUCUUUGGGUCGCAGUGCUUGACCAGUCCUACAACCUUUCAUAUGCACAUUGGUAAGCAAUAUAAAAUUAAUAUCUAGAUAGUGAUAUGUAGGAUAGAGCAUUCAGGCUUCAACUUGUAACCUGAAGGUCAGCAGAAGAUAGGAUGUCCUAGGCUUACACGUAGUGAUUGCUUGAAGAUAAUUAGUAAGCGUUAAAUUUGUGAUGGAAUCGGGUGUAGGACCUCAUACUGCUCACCAGUGUGCGCAGUUCUUGUUCUCAUGUGUGUUUGUUUGGGUUUGUAAGUUGUACUUCACUGAAAUGGAGGUCUUAGUACUGUUGCUAUGCUGCUAGAAUGUCUUUCAGAGAGCAAAAUGCUGUUGCAAAUCAGCUAUGCUGUGCUCACAUUGGAUAAAAUUCUCCCCGCGUUUAAGUUAUGUCAGCAGGAGCAAAAAUAUGGGCCAGAAUGUUUUUGUUUUAACCAUUUAUUGCCAUAAACAUCUGCCUACUGUGCAGCCAUAUUUAUCGGAAACAUUUCAUGCAUUCUGCACACUGCGACGAGACGUCCCAGGGCACAAACAUGUCGUACCAUGUUUUCACACUGCACUUGUGUAAUUUACUUUCUUAGAAACAUAAUGUUUUCUUUUCUUUUUCCUGCUGUAUUUCUUGUAGUAGCAAAGUCUUGACUCUGUCGUACGUUUCAUUCUGAUUUCUUCAAAUGGCACACUGCUUGCUAACUAUGCCCAGCAUUCUCAUGUGUAAACUGUGCAGUGUCAUUUAAUCUCUCUUGCACAAUUUGAGUUUUGGUCAAGCCUUUGCAGGUUGUUUGGAAGUACUGUAUUUACUUGCAUAAUGAUCACACUUGCGUAAUGAUCGCAACCCGGAAUUUUGACGACAAAAUUCGAUUUUUUUUCCUUUCCCGUGUAACGAUCGCACCCCGAACUUGCCACAGCGAUAUGUCGUGUGCCACGUCUAGCUAAUGUUGAUCGCGCUUACCAUCUGUCGAAUGCUAUGCGAACGACUCUUCCAAAACAUACCAAGCGGUCUGCACACACCGAACAUUCUUAAGCAGGUGCCCCAUUUCAUUCCUUUCAUCACUUCCUGCACUUCCAUGAAAAAAAAAGCUACAACCAAACUUGGUUUGGCUUCAUUAUUUGUAGGCUUUAUACUGUUGUGGUCAACAACAACAACAAAAAAGGCGCUUUUCGAUUCUUCUGCUCUGCACUCGUGGGCACGCAACAAAUCGCGAGCGGCAGCGAUAGUAGCCACGUUUACACUGAUACAUUAGAAGUGUACCCUAUUCAUACGGCACCGCUUGUAACACAGCUAAGAUAUUCGCUCACCCUUAGCAAAAGCGGGCCGUAUUAGGAUAGUAGUGAAGACAAAUGCCGGAGUUUCCGCAGCAUGCCCGCCAUGGGUUUCUGUCACUGGCAGCUAAGCGCGCCUAUCUCUGUUUCUGUCCCUUCAAAGCUGUCAUGGCUAUGUUAUUGCCGCAAACUUGCCGAAAGUAACAAUAUUAUUCAUUACUGAUACAGAAGAAACUGUUUCAAUGCGCGUAAUAUACUCGUGAGAAGGAAAAAAAAAAAAUUGUGUUCGGAUUGCUCCGCCGGCCACUAUUGUUGUUUUGGUGUCUCGCACUGUGAUAGCGGCAGCCGCCUAUUGUCAUCCCGCAGCAAACGUGGGAUGAAAAAAAAAAGUUUCUUUUUGCGGGAAAUUUAACUCUCGUAAUGAUCGUACCCCUGAAUUUGCGUCAAUUUAUUUGACCAAGAAGUGCAAUCUUAUGCGAGUAAAUACGGUAGUAUUACAGCGAUGCUGCAGGUGUUCGUGUCCUAACAGUCAUUUUGUGGCCUGUUACAUUUUCAUCAAAGGAAGGCUGUUGGAAGGUCCAUGAAACACCAGAACACUUAAUCAAUCUGCCUAAUCUGUAGACCAUAGGGUCAUAAUUUAAAAACUUGUAGUAAAUGCCAUUGUAGUGAGUCUCAAGCAAAAUGCUGCUCUUAUUGGAGAACAAAGUUUAGAGGGUAUUUGCCUCAAAAAAUACAUUCGUUUGCCUGAGAAUGUCUGGGCAUAAUGUUGCAAGCAGAAAACAAGAAGAGGCAUUCUUUUUUUCAAGCAGGAAGGUGCAACUUUUCAUCCACAAUUUUCUGUCAUUUGCUUUGUUCAUGCAAUUUUCAUGCUGAUACACAGUCAGCUCAUGGUAAUUCAAGCUCAUAAAGUUCAAAGUACUGGUUUAUCUAAACAAAUCUCGGACUUUCGUUGGUCUGCUGUCUUUUUCAGUUAAAGUUGAGGGUGCUCAAUCAAAGCAGGACUUUCAGUUAAAACGGACGUUUGGGCGAGUUGGUAAGACAUAUUUGAAACGGACAGCGCUCGUCCAUGUCGUUUCUCCCUUCUUGUCCCCGUGAAUACCACGCUGUUUUGUUUCAAAUAGGACUUUCAGUCAAUUCGAACAUUCUUUCUUCCCAUGGACAGAACAGCAUGACUGGGUACCACUGAUGAGAGUACAUGAAAAAGUCAUGAAUAGUCUAAACAUGCUUCCAUUACAUAUUCAUGCUGUGUGUUGGCAGCCAUGGUUGCAUGUCCACAGCAAUAGAGUCUGUGUAGCACUUGUAAGUGCUCUGGUAGUAUAUAUGCAUGUACACAAGUAGUUGUGCAUCAUUGUUUCACGUAACAACUAGUAAUUCUGUUUCAAACUGAAUUUUCUUUAAACUGCCAAAUUUUUUUACAAGGUCCUCAGUGUAUGAGUUUGAAUCAACACGAGUCAAUUGUAAUUGGUUAAUCUAUCCUGAAUCAUAUUUGUUUUUAAUUAUUACUCAAAGCUGCACAACAUUACAGCUGGUUUUUUAAACAUAUGUGUUGCUUAUUGUCAUGCUAUUUUUGGGUAAAUCGACUUUUAAUUGCUGUAAUUGUUGACUGUUUGGAGCAGGAUGUCGAUAAUAUUUGCAAGCAUUUGCUUUCUUUGCAGUCUCUACCUCGUUCUGAGUUAUUUUAGUUUCUUCUAUGUGUCAUACUUGGGUUUUACUCUACUGGUUUACCGUAAACCUCACAUAUAGUGAGGCUUUGGAUCCACUGUGAAAUCCGCAUGCACAUUUGCAGCAUGCAUGUGAAGAGGUGUAGAACUUUUAGCAAUGCAUUGAGAGACAUGAAACUUAGUUUUAAUGAAUGUAUGUAGAACGGCUGGAGCAAAACAGUGUUCUCAUUUAAUUUUUAAGAGUGGAUGUUUUUAAUUGUACUGAAGUAGCAAACUACAGCUAUUAGUUGACUUUUUCUUGCUUUAUAUUUAUGACAUGGGCCUCAAGAAUCUUCAUGGACUUUACUCCUUAGCUUUCUUUUUUAAUAGUUAUGAGCAAAUGAGCAGCUGCAUACAUGAAAACCAUUUACCUUUAUCUGUCUUCUUUGAUGUCUGAAAUUGAAUAUCCCUGUUUUAUGAAAUCUUUCUGGGCAUUGCAGUGGCUGCUGUCUAUUUCUAGGCUGCCAAUGCCUAAAUUUUCUAUUAAUUAUUUGACAACAUUGUUUAUCUAUGUGUCCUUUUCCUUUUGUUGUUGGCAUUCUGCUAGUUCCUACUUGUUUUCUUGUGCAAUCAUUAACGCAACCUUCCAUGACUCUAAGACAAGGUGGGCUCUCAUGAUGGUGUUGAGUGAAUCCUGACAUUAGCUCACACAGCCUUUGCAUUAUUUGUGUGUUCUCCUUCCGUGCUGCUUGCAACUUAGGAGAAGACUGUCUUCCUCAGUCUUCCAAGAACCAAAGACGAUGGUACUCUAGCAUUGUGUCUGUUGUUUUUCUCCCUUAGUGCAUUCGUCUGACUGCCUCUUGUAUAUAGUUAGCUGUGUGGCCAUCAAAAUCCUUGUGUCGCUGUUGUGUGUGCCAUCAUGUACAUUUUGUUCCUGUAAAGCUGUACACUUCCUGUAUUAUUCCUUUUUCCACAAGCGGGUGAUAAUAGUGACGCGGUACUUGGGACACCAGUAUUGUCAGGCACCGCAAAUCAAAAGGUGAGGUUGUAAUCAGUGCACGAAUUGGAGAAGUCAGAUGCUGCUUCUAUAAGCUGCUCACAGUGGUUCUUCUCGAAUAGACGUAGGUUUAGGUCUGAAGACACUGCCUCACAAGUAAAACUUGAGGAUGCUCACCUCGUGGAUCUGCCUUGGUGUGACUUACUUAGAGACCAGAAAAAUUAGUAUGUGAAUUUAAAAGCAGUUGUUACACUUUGCUGCUCAUGGGUUAAAAUCAUCAGAAUCUUGCUUAGCUAUUAGUCAUUGUGCGUGGCAAUGACCGUUGCUUUUGUGAUGAGCCAUUGCGCAAAUGGCUUUAAGGUAGCGGAAAGAAAUUGAGAGGACUCUUAUGUCAUUGGAUGAACUUCACUCAUAGAUUCACUUUGAUGGUGUCUUUCCUUGGCAAAAGAAACCUGUUUGAAAACGUUUUGUGUGCCAGGCCUCUCUUUGAGGUCACCUUUCAGUGUUACCAUUUCUAAUUUUGUGCCCCUUAACACCAAGUGGUCAUGGAUGCUGCAUUAUCAGAAAAAGUUCGACAUAUUUGCUGUUGCGAAGUUCUGCAUUUUCCAUUUGACAGUGGUUUUGUCAAUUCAAAUGAAAUUGUGUUUUGGGCAGCAUUCGAAAAUCCUGUGCCAUGUUCAGAGAUUGACAGGAUGAACAUACUUUUGCAAUGUGUUUGCAGUAUGUCUUUAUCAGCUUUCGGGCAUAUUUGACUUUUUCUUUACAAUGGUCUUUCAAGGUGCAUAUUGCAGACAAGAGAGCAUUCAAGCCAGUGAUUUAUGUCACCUUAUAAGUAAUAGCAAGAUCAAAUUGUUCAGACAAUGUGUGUUACUAUACUCGUGGACAACUUUCUGUGGCUAUGAAGGGGAAGCUACAGAGGCAAAGCACGCACUAGUGAGAGUGCUUCUGAAAAGAGUCCUGUGCUCUCAUUCACAUUAGUUUAAGCUGGAGGGAAGGAAAUAUAAACACCAGAUUAGCAGCAAUUAAAUAAACCACACCACUGAAUGUAAAAGUUUACUUAUGUUGCGGCGUUUCCAUUCCAUGUCUGAGCAAACGCAAAACCGUCGCACAUGGAAGCUGUGUAGAUUCAGCGUCUGCUUCGAGCAACCAAAAGUAUUGUCAAACGCUGCCGGUCUAUUCGGGACAGUAACAUGUGUGCUGCAGCCACGCUUUCCCUUCAUAGCCACAGAAAGUAGUCCAUAUGUAUAGUUGGGGGAAGGAAAAGAAAUUGAAUGACAGAAAAAUCCAGUUGACACAAUAAGGGCAUUUCAUUCUACCUAUGGCGUUUGCACUACAUAUAUAUUCUAUUGUGUGUUAGGGACAUGUUGGGUGGCAUUUUAAUCUGUAUGAAACACAGUCGAACCUUAAUAUAAUGAAGUUGCAGUUGAAACAAGCUUUCGAAAUUCAGAACAAGAGCAUGCGCAAAAAUAGGUGCUGGCUUGUUGCAACCGCAAGUAAUACAUUGCUGUGCAAAUUUUGUGAAAGCUCAUGGAUUGUGUCGGCACUCGAAAGACUUGUUUUUGUUAGUCAUUUGAGUUAUCUGUUAGGAAUGGUGCAUUUGUGAGUUACACUUGCAAAUUUUUAGCUCUUUACUGGUAGCUUGCUUAUUUCUAGCUGUGAACAAACAUUUGGUUAAUUAAUAUAACCAAUCACCCUCAAACUGUGCUCUGCAUUUUUACUCUUAUCUUAGCACAACCAAAUAUUUAAAAAAGGAAUGGCACUUCAAGAAAGCCAUGAAGCAUAAAAUAAAGCAUUGCCAAACAAGCUUUACGUUUAAUUUAUUGUAAUGAUGCAGUUUGUUAUAUCAAGGUUCGACUGUAAUAUGGUGUUCUUGUUUCGACUGGUAACCUCUUUAAAGCACUUCGUUGUCCUCUACCUGUCUUGUGCAGAAUGUGCAAAAGGACUUGUGCCGAUAAUGUUUUAAGGGCAGCUGUUUUUUGACACUUAAGUGGUGGUUGCUGGCAUUCCUGCUUUGGUGUUGCAGCCCAUUCACACUGUAAUGUUGCGUGUGACUGGAGCUGAGGUACUUGUGACUAUGUUAAGUUCAUUUUCAUCAGCACUGAGGUUGCUGUCUAGCAUGUUUGUUUGUGGUUUGUGCUGAAACUGUUGCAGACUCCGUGUGCUUUCAUGUAAAUAAUUCCUGGUUGACCUGUCUGUGUGAAAAGCAUUUUGAAGCGAGCACUUAUUUAUUUAGAACCACAUAUGUUGAGGCUUCAUGCGAGCCUCUCGACCAUGUUUGUCACCCUUGUACAACUUGGCACAGUAAUGAGGUUUUGAGAAGCUGUUGCUCAAAGGGCCAAACGAAUCGCAUAGGCCGUUAUUUGUAAAAGACUUUGGAAAUUGUUGAUAAGAGAAAUCAUAAUGCUAGUUACGUAAUAGCAUGUAGGAUUUCCUAAAGCUUUUAAAAUGCAGAAGUUAUUGUGAGUGAUAAUGGUUCUGUCGUGUUACAAAGUGAAGAGCUUAAUUGCAUUUGCAUUUCGUGUACAUUAAAGUGUUUCAGAGGAAGUGCUUGCUGUGAGAACACAGAUGGCAUCUUGCUUGUGGCCAUGUGACAUAAUGAUCUCAGUAGCAGUGCAAGAUUGAUUGACUGCUAAAAGGUAUUUGUAUAGUUGUUGGAAAUGAUGAACCAUUGCCAAUGUAUGCAUAGUGGAGAAGUUUUUUGCCAUGGCUAAUGCAGUUUUUCAUACUCUUUAUACACCUGUAACUAGACAUUACAUAAAAUUUGGAGCUAGUAAAUGAGUUAUUGCUCCUUGAUGAACUUUGUCAAUAAAAAACAUUCCAUAGCCUUAAGAGCAAGCUUUACUUAAGGCCCUGUAUAUUAAAAGUGCAUGGAAAUGCUGAAGUGGUGCUUCAGGCAUAGCCAGUAUGGAUGAAAUUUGUGGCAUUUGAGAUGAAAAUUGACUGUUCAGUGACCGAUCCUUAUCUUUAAUUAAAAGAAAGGAAGGUGGAAAUUGUUGAGUUAAAAGAAAUAUAAACAGCAAAUUUAUAACUCUUGCAUUUGCAACAAAGAUUGCAGUUGCCUAAGCAGCAACUGAUGGAGCAAACACACGCUAUCCGGUGUAGGCAAAAGUGAUAUUGCAGGCAUCAAAGAAUAAUCAUACCACUGUUCUGGGUAGGGUUAUUGCAAGACUCUCGUAAAUAAACUAAAGGUACCUUAUAAGCAGCUGGCUAGCACUUAGAUUUUGGUAGGUGCUUUUGUUACAGUUAAAGACCUCUAGUGCCCUUUCUGUACUUUUUCUUUAAAUUUUGUUACCUUCGAGGGUCCGAAUAAGCUGAUUUGCAAGCAUGUAUCACUAAUUUACUUCUCUCAAUUGUGGUAGAUUUUAUUCAUAUUUGUUGGAAGUUUUGCUUUAUGAGUGCAUUUUUAUCUCUAAUAAGUGCUUGAAACAAAAAGCUUCAGAAGACCUUUUUUUUUUCUUUUUUUUCAAGACGUGCUUACCUGUAUGAGGUAAAUACUGCGGGUCAAUAUAUCUAGUGUAUCUCAAUUUGGGCUGCUCACAAGACCAUUUUGUGUCACUUUGAAAGGACUUCUGUAAAUUCUUGCAUCCCAGUAACAAACCUAGUGCCAUUAUACAUAAUAUUCUGUACACUUGACAAAAGUCUGUCGCUGAAUGGCUUUAAUGUACGGGGCAUCUUACUUUCAUAUUUCGUUUUAGUGUGUGUGUGUGUGUGUUAUGAUGGUAGAAAGGUGUAAAGUGUUGCUUUUGUUCACUGCCAGUUUGUAAGGAAAGCACCUUGUAUAAAUAAAAAAAAGAAGUACUUUAUUUUGAACACAA